UUGUAGGAAUCUAAAGUCACAGAGUGGGUGUGUGCUUCUCUGAGCCAUUAGAAUAGGACAGGGCAUGUAGGCAGUAGAGGUGAAACAAAAGUUGAGGAAGCAGCAUGUGAUGUAGUUAUCAGUCCAGAUAAAUAGCUAAAGGGGAACCUUUUACAACUGCUGUAAGUGAGUUCAAAGGCAUUAGCAGCUGUUUCAAAGCGUCAGCGCAAGACAGACAGCACUUAAGUAAGAAGCAAGGGGAAAAAGACCAAGCAGCAGACAAAGAGGCAGAGCAAAAGAGAGCAGGAACAGAAAACAAGACAGAGGAGAAGCUGCCUUCGUUCAGUGCUGUGUGUGCUACUGAAGGCUUCCUGUGUCAGCACCAUGGGAAAGUCAGCCUCAAAGCAGUUUGCUGAGGAGGUGCUUCAGUGCCAUAAUGAGUACAGGAGGAAGCACCAGGCUCCUCCACUGAAGCUGAGCAGCAAGCUGAGCAGAGAGGCUGCCCGUUAUGCUGAAAGUCUGGCUAGCACACGGAUCCUGAAACACAGCGUGGAGUCCAGUAGAGGGAGCUGUGGAGAGAACCUGGCAUGGGCCUCCUACGACCAAUCAGGAAAGGAUGUGGCAGACCGCUGGUAUGAUGAAGUGAAACAGUAUAACUUCAACCGUCCUGGAUUUUCUUCUGGCACUGGCCAUUUCACAGCAAUGGUGUGGAAGAGCACUAAAAUGCUUGGCGUUGGUAAAGCCACUGCAUCAGAUGGAUCUUCUUUCGUGGUGGCCAGAUACUUUCCAGCUGGGAAUAUUACUAACCAAGGACACUUUGAGAACAACGUCCUCCCAGCUAAAACCACAAGCUAAGGAUGUCUGCAUCACCAACACUUCAAAGCAUGUAUUUCAUUUUCCAGAAAGUCUGCCUGCACUGCCAUAGGGGACACUCAGGAGAGCAUCGCUUCUUACCCAGGAAAGAACCAUACUACUAUCUUGAGUGUGUUUUACAAGAUGGGAUGCACCGUCUUGUUUUCGGUUUGAAAGUGGACUUGUGUAAGGUGCAGUGUUAAGCAUGAAAGACGCACUACUAUUUGAUGUUGCUAACAAAACAUUGCAAGCAUAUGGACUGUGUAAUCUAAAUGUUUAUGAUCAUUCACCAUGUGACUGUAUUCCAUUCAUCAAUGCCAGUACUUGUAUAAUUUCACACAUGAAAUGCAUCAUAGCCUCACAUCUGUAUUUGUGGAAGAAUGGGAGCUAAGUCAGUCAAAGAAGCAGGCUUAACACAUUAACACAUGGAGUCAUUGCUUAGUAACUCAAGGCAGACGACUCAGCACGCUUGGUUGUUAUUGUGUGCCACUUGUAAAAAGCAGAACACCGCAGUCCCGGGUGUGUGUUUUGUACUCUAAUUACUUUUGUACAAUAAAGUUGAUAGAUUGUCAGGAAUACAUUUGGCAUGUGUCUGUGCAUGUUUGUAUCAUCUGUAUUUCUUUGAGAGUGAGGAACAGAAGAAAAUGAGAGUUUAAUUUCAUCAUGGCAUCCAAUUUUUUUUAAGGAAAAUGUGACUCCUGAAUAUGGCACAGAGCUGGCAAAGUAUAGAAUGAAAUUUGAGACCAUGCAAGCAGUUGUAUAUGUAAACAUCAAUGAUUUGUUGUUAAAGGUCUGAAUAAUUGUCAGACUUGCAUAAAUCUUCUGUGUCUCUUUCUUUAAUAUUUGCAGAGUGCCUCUGUUCCUCUGCCUCAGUAAUGCUACAAUGUACUUGCAAGGUUUCUCUUAAAAAGCCCUUACCAAUAAUUGUUUUUUUUACCAUGUCUUUUUCACCCAGUCCUCUGCUGCACACUAACAGCAUGUGAUGAUGUACGAUGCCUUUCAUAUUAAAUGUCCAGUUCAUAUGAACACUUUGA